UGUCGCCGGGCGGCGGCGGGGUGAAGGAGCCGGUCCGGGGGGGAAAGAUGGCGGCGAGGUUGAGCGGCGGCGAGAACCGGCUGGUGUCGCUGCCCCUGUCGCGGAUCCGUGUGAUCAUGAAGAGCUCGCCGGAGGUCUCCAGCAUCAACCAGGACGCGCUGUUCCUCACCGCCAAAGCCACGGAGCUUUUUGUUCAGUAUUUGGCUGCAUACUCCUACAAACAUGGCAAAGGCAAGGAGAAGAACGCUUUAACUUACAGUGACCUGUCUCAUACUGCAGAAGAGUGUGAGACCUUCCAGUUCCUAGCAGAUAUCUUGCCAAAGAAGAUCCUAGCUAGCAAAUACCUAAAAAUGCUUGAAAAAGAGAAGCAAGAUGGAAAUGUGAGGGAAGAUGAUGAAGAGGAUGAGGAGGAAGCGGAUGAACAUGAAGCUGUUGAAGAUGUUGGAUCUUAAGUCCGUGGAGAAUUGCUUCAUAGUUGAUCCCUUUUCUGUUGUAUGAAAGAUGUUAUUUUUGUGACUGAGAAUCCAGAUGCUGGAUGUAUUUAUAUACUGAGCCAUCUGCUUUUGCUUUAAGAAGUUGAGAAAUUGAACUUUACACUUGUUGAAGAAUGGAAUUCUUCCCUCAGAAACACGGUGGGGUAAGAAGAGCUAAUAUAAGUCAUAAGAGCCAUAGAAUGGGUUGGGUUGGAAGGGAUCUUAAAGCUCAUCCAGUUCCAACCCCCUGCCACGGGCAGGGACACCUUCCACUAGAGCAGGUUGCUCCAAGCCCCUGUGUCCAACCUGGCCUUGAACCCUGCCAGGGAUGGGGCAGCCACAGCUUCUCUGGGCACCCUGUGCCAGCGCCUCAGCACCCUCAGAGAGAAGAACCUCUUCCUUAUAUCUAAUCUAAAUCUCCCCUCUGGCAGGUUAAAGCCAUUCCCCCUUGUCCUGUUACCACAUGCCCUUGUCCAAAGCCCCUCUCAGUGUUUCUUGUAGCCCCUUUAGGCACUGGAGCUGCUCUAAGGUCUCCCCUUAAGGAGCCUUCUGUUCUCCAGGCUGACCCAGCCCAGCUCUCUCAGCCUGGCUCCAGAGCAGAGCUGCUCCAGCCCUCAGAGCAUCUCUGUGGCCUCCUGUGGACUCUCUCAAGUAGGUCCACAUCCUUCUUUUGUUGUUGCCCCAGAGCUGGAUCAGGACUGCAGGGGAGGUCUCACCAGAGCACAGCAGAGGGGCAGAAUCCCCUCCCUCAACCUGCUGCUCACGCUCGUUUUGAUGCAGCCCAGCACAUGGCAGGGUUCUGGUCUCAAGCGCACACUGCCAGCUCAUGUUGAGCUUUCCAUCAGCACCCCCAAGACCUUCUGAGGGGCUGCUCUCAAUCCAGUCUCUGCCCAGCUUGUAGUAUUUGUGCUGUGACCCAGGUGCAGGACCUUGCACUUGGCCUUGUCAAGUCUGACAGCAGAACUUGCUCAGGUGAUUUUAAAUUACUUCUUCAGACAAUCAUUAUCCAGAUUUAAAAUUUCCUAAGGGCAGCUUUCAGUCUAAAAACUCUUUCACCCCCUGACUAGAACGGGUUCCUUCCCCAAUUUGUGUUUCUCCUUAGAGCAGAAGAUGAGGUGAGGGGAAGCGUUUUACACAGUGUUUACUAUCCUCAGCCUUCUCCUCCUCAGAGAGCAAAUAACCAGUCAAACUCUCAGAUUUCUACGACAAUGCUGCGGCUUUAGUAUGGACCAAACCCAUUUGAAGAGUCUUCUGUAAAAACUACUCCUUCUGUAACGCAGCCCAAACAGCCAUGUCAGCACAGAAAUGGGGUAGAGGAUGAGAUGUGUUCCAGGAGCUAAUGUGGUUCUGCGGCUGUGGUGGUAUAAAGUACAUGUAUUAGAUAAUGAUCUAAAUAUGUACAUCUAGAACCUUCAAUGAACUCUACUUCUUCAAUUUGUCCCAAGUGUUCUACCAAAAUGCACACUGAAGUCUGUUAGAUGUGGAUUGGUGAGGAUGAGCAACCCUUUUCCCUAUUGAGUGGCAGAGCUGGAUUUAUCACUUGGGUUUGUUUUGUUGGUUUUUUUUUUACUAUAGGAAUGGUAACCAUCUGUGUAGACCUUUAUAUGCAACUUACCAAAAUAAAUGUUUUGUAUGAAAAGUGACAA